UACAUUGAACGACAAGUUCUGUGACAAGCGAAGUUUACAUUGUCUGAGCGAUUUUCAAUCGUCAAAUAUCAGAAUUAAAAAUGGCACUUCUACCGUUAUUAUUUGACGAUAUUGUACCAAGACGUGUACGGGAUUCACUUUUCGACACGGAUUUAUCCGACGACUUACUUCUAAGCUUGGACCGGCGUCCAUCUUUACGUUUACGGCAAUACAUUCGCCCAUGGAGGAACUUAUCGACGUUAAAUCGAGACAUCGGAUCGACAAUCAAAACUGACAUAGACAAGUUCCAAGUAAACUUGGACGUUCAACAUUUCGCUCCGGAAGAAAUAAGCGUGAAAACUGUAGACGGAUAUAUCGUUGUUGAAGGAAAACAUGAAGAAAAGGAAGACGAACAUGGAUUCAUAUCACGUCAGUUUAAAAGACGUUACGCCUUACCUGAGGAUUGCAAUCCAGAGACUGUCGUAUCCAAAUUAUCUUCAGAUGGUGUACUAACAGUGUUCGCGCCAAGAGAAUCGAGUCAAAAAGGCGAGAGGGUGAUACCCAUAACCCAGACAGGACCAAUAAGAAGGAAGAAGCAAGAAGAACAGAACGGUGAGGUAGAAGAAAAGACACCACAGAAGAAAAAAAGGCGUUAAAACAAAAUUUUGAAUUUUUCUCAAAUAUUUUAUAAAUUUCAAAGACUGA